AUUUAAUUAAUAAGCCUGACUGAGUAAUGCCUUGUGACGCCUAAUCCGAACCCAAUGACUAUAGAAAGCUUUCCACUGGAUUCCACUGGAGGACACAGAUCUUGGGUACUUUCCAUAGGUUUCCACUGCUAGUUUAACGUUUUAUUUAUUACCUUGUGUUGGUGUCAAACAGCCUUCACAUCCCAACGCUGACUUUUUUCUCUGCCCUACUUUCCGCUGUUCAACGCUUCUUGCGUGGACAUAGAAGACGUGCAAUGUCGGAAAUUACAGGAACAUAUCGUAUUGUGUCUGAGGAGGAGCAGUCACUUCGUGCCAAGUUAGAGCGUCUCACAACUAAAGACCAUGGCCCCGUGUUUGGUAGAUGUGAGAGACUCCCAGAGCACACUGUGCAGAAGGCCAAAGAUGAGUUGAACGAGACAGAUGAGAAUCGUGACUUAGCCGUGAAGGAACUUCGGGACUUGGUUCAAGAAAAAGCCAAUGCAGGGGACGAUCUAUGUAAAGCAGUGGCUGAAAGGGUGAACCAGAAAGAAGACAGCUUCUUCUUGAGAUUUAUACGAGCCCGUAAAUUUGAAGUAAAUCGAGCUUACGAACUUCUGAAAGGUUAUGUAAAUUUCCGACAGCAAUAUCCAGAGCUGUUUGAAAACCUGACACCAGAGGCGGUUCGAAGCACUAUUGAAGCUGGUUACCCAGGGAUUUUGUCUAGUAGAGAUAAGAAUGGUAGAGUCAUACUCCUUUUUAAUAUUGAAAACUGGGACUACGAAGAGAUCACUUUUGAUGAGAUACUCCGUGCCUACUGCAUUAUUUUGGAGCACCUGCUGGAAAACGAGGAGACACAAAUUAAUGGGUUCUGUAUUAUUGAGAACUUCAAAGGGUUCACAAUGCAGCAAGCAUCGGGUAUUAAACCAUACGAGUUGAAGAAAAUGGUGGACAUGUUACAGGACUCAUUUCCAGCAAGGUUUAAGGCUGUUCACUUUAUACAUCAGCCCUGGUACUUCACCACAACCUACAAUGUUGUGAAGCCAUUUUUGAAGAGCAAACUACUAGAGAGGGUUUUCGUGCACGGAGAUGAUCUGGAGAGUUUCUACAAGGAGAUAGAUGCAGACAUCCUCCCGGCUGACUUUGGAGGGAAUCUGCCAAAAUACGAUGGACGAGUUAUUGCCGAGACACUCUUUGGAGCAAAAAAUGAAUCUGAGGACACAGCUCUAUAAAUUGGUUUAGGUCAAAUAAUAAGUGCUAUAACCGUGUAGCUUUCUUAGCAAGUUCUAGAAAUUAAAAUCAAAUUUGAACGUCAAAGUACAGACAUCAAGACUGUGAUGGCCGACACUGAGAAAGUACUUUGAAUGUAGAUGUACAGAAGUAGGUUGACCCUUUUUUGCUAGUUUAUACUCUGCAGGGGUUGGCUACCUUUGGAACUCCAGAUGUUGUUGACUACAUCUCCCAUAAUGCGCUUACAUAAUGCUAGCAAAGCUUCAUUGGGAGAUGUAGUACACAUCAUCUGGAGUGACGAAUGUCACUGAUGUAGGGAUUACAGAGAGUAGUCUUGACUAUCUGGGGAGAUAAUGAUAUCUUGAAAAGUUUAUCCUUGUGCAUUAAUUAAUCCAGAAAACAUAUAUAGGUUGAUAAACAUUGUGACAACAGUGA